CAGCCGCACCGACAGCGCGGUCGAGUUGGGGGAGCCUUAGGCGGGUGGGUCCAGCAACUUCCAGGGAGUCUGGCGCAGGCCGACUGGCGGCUGCUGAAAAUCCAACAGCGGCGUGUGGAGGAAGUUACUGCGGGUUCGUGAAGGAGGUUGGCGGCGCCAGCGGACGCCUGUCAGCUUUAAGAAAAAGUCAAAAUCACUUCUGACUAUAUUGAAUAUCAAAAAUCAAGUGACUUCCUACACUGCAGAUCAUGGCAUUACCAUUCCGGAAGGACUUAGAAAAGUACAAGGACCUGGAUGAAGAUGAACUUCUUGGGAAUCUGUCAGAAGUAGAACUGAAACAACUAGAAACUGUGCUGGACGAUCUUGACCCUGAGAAUGCCCUUUUGCCUGCAGGUUUCCGGCAAAAGAACCAGACGUCAAAGUCUGCCACAGGGCCUUUUGAUAGAGAACACCUCCUUUCUUAUCUGGAGAAGGAAGCAUUGGAGCAAAAGGACAGGGAAGACUAUGUGCCCUACACUGGAGAAAAAAAAGGAAAAAUAUUUAUCCCCAAGCAAAAACCAGUACAGACUUUGACAGAGGAAAGUGUAUCUGUUGAUCCAGAAUUAGAAGAAGCUUUGAUGAGUGCUUCUGAUACAGAAUUGUGUGAUCUUGCAGCUAUUCUUGGGAUGCAUAAUUUGAUAACAAAUACACAGCUCUGUGAUAUAGUGGGAAGUAGUAAUGGUGUUGACAAAGGACAUUUUUCAAAUGUGGUGAAAGGUGAAAAGAUUCUUCCAGCAUUUGAUGAGCCACCAAAUCCAACCAACGUUGAAGAGAGUUUAAAGAGAAUUAAAGAAAAUGAUGCUUGUCUUGUUGAAGUUAAUUUGAAUAACAUAAAGAAUAUCCCAAUUCCAACUUUAAAAGACUUUGCAAAAGCUUUGGAAACCAACACACAUGUGAAAUAUUUCAGUCUUGCAGCCACCCGGAGCAAUGACCCUGUUGCUGUUGCUUUUGCAGAUAUGCUGAAAGUAAAUAAAACUUUGAAGAGCUUAAAUAUGGAGUCCAACUUCAUUACAGGAACUGGGGUUCUGGCACUGAUUGAUGCUUUAAGAGAUAAUGAGACCCUGGCAGAGCUUAAGAUUGACAAUCAGAGGCAACAGUUGGGAACAGCUGUAGAAUUAGAAAUAGCCAAGAUGCUUGAGGAAAAUGCAAAUAUCCUUAAGUUUGGGUAUCAGUUUACACAGCAAGGACCUCGAACCAGGGCGGCUAAUGCUAUAACAAAAAACAACGACUUAGUACGGAAGAGACGAGUUGAAGGAGACCACCAGUAAGUCCAAUGAGGUAUAAUCUUUGGAAGAUUUCAGAACUUCACCAAGGGCUCAUGUUGGUGACAUCAGAUGUAAAAUUUUUCUGGGUAGAAGGGAAAAAGACUGGAAAUCUUUUUUUGUUUGUUGUUGUUUGGGUUUUUUUUUUUUUUUUAACUGCAUUAUUUUCCUAUUUUAAGUUGUUAUCAGUUUAAAAUUGUAAAAUCAAUAGUAGCUAGACUUAUAUUUUGAAGCAUUUCUACUUUCUACUACAAUCAGUUUUAAUUUAGCUUAAUUAAAUGACUUAUAAUGGGUCUUGGACCAAAAAAAAUACAAUUAUAAAUAAAUAAGUUUCAGAAGUCAUUUAUGUAGGAUAAUUUGAGAACCAGUCUUUUAAAUUAAAAAGGGACAUUGCUGACAUCAAAAUUACAAUUGCUCCUUUGAGGUAUAAGGACUUAAAAGCUUUCUUUAUUCUGUAACCUGGAGACUUCUCCAUUUUUUAAGAAUACAUGAACGUGGCAAGGGUAUAUUUUUUUCCUUUUUAAGGAAACAAAAUGCCAGGAUUUUUAAAUAGAUGGCUUAAAAUGUGGUGAAGUGUUCAGAAGCCAAAGCAGACCUCCAAGGAGAGACCUUCAUAAAGUAAGUCCAGGUUACUGUACUUGUCUGAUGCAGCUCGGCAACACCUAGGGAUUUGUUUUUUUCAAACAAAAUCAUCAGCUGAGCCAGUGUUAACACACUUCGUUUAAAAAUAUAGUAUGUCUUAAGUAUUUUUUUGUUGGUUCUUUUUAGUUAUAAAUGACAGUAGAAUUCAUUUUUGACAUAAAAAAAGCAUGGAAUAUAUCAUGUUCUAGUUCAGACUCCAGGACCACCUCUCCUUCCCCUUCCCUCCCCCCACCCCCUGCUUCCUUCCCUCUCUUGGUCUUUCUGCCAUUUACCCACAGUUAUUUUUUUUAAUUAAUUCUUUGUGGAUAUACUUGAUGGUGAGAUUCACUGUGGUAUAUUCAUGUAUGUACAUAGGAAGUUUAUGUCAGAUUCCUUUCACUGUCUUUCCUUUUUCCAUCCCUCCUUCCCUUCAAUCCCCAUUUAUGUCUGUUUAUUACAGUUUUUCAUUUUAACGUGGGCAUUAUUAAAUUUUUAUGAAAGCUAAUCUAAAAAAAAUCUGAGUAGAACAGCUGUUUUCUUCCCCCCUAAAAAGGCACACAGCCAACUCUCAGUUAUUUAGGGUAAAAUAAAAAAGAAAGCUGCUGCUAAACAUGUGAAGUCACAGGUAACAUGAUGGAAUUCAGGUCUAAGGAACUUGUAAAACAGCCACUUAAACUGAUGGUUACUGUGAGUAAGUUAAAAAUUGGCAUGUGUAUAAAUUACUUGGUGUUUUGCAAUAUGGUAAGAAUGGCAUAGACAACAUUUAAUCACCACUACAUGCUUUCCAGCCAAAAAGGAGAAGUGCUGAUCUUCAGAAUCUGAUUUAUAUAUGCUCCCUUUCAUCUUGCACUUUUUCCAUAAUGUACAGAAAUAUUUUCUAUAUCAAAAGUGGUCUUUAUUGCUGAGAGUAUCAAGGUGAGCACUUGUGGCAAGAGGACAAGCAUGAGACCACAAACCCCAGCUGUGCUGCAGGGUUUGAAUUUGCAUUCAUGCCCUGUCCCAAGGCAGCCCUUUAGCAGGAGAUAGCAGAGGGCCUCACACUUACAGAAGACUGGGAAGAAAGGGAUCAGAAAAAUAUUGGCCUCAAAAGGCCUACCUGGAUCAUUUACAAAAAGAUAUUUCUGAGUAAGGGGAAGGUAGUUUGUCAUUGUUAAUUUUUUAAAACCCUUUUGAAGUUGAAUCACAAUAUUAUCUCAUGAUCUAGGCAGCAGCUUGUGUACUAUAGUAAUAAGCCUUCUUAACAGGCUAAAUCUUCCCUUAUAGGAACUGUGGUGUGUUUGCUUUUUUAAAAAUCCGUAUCCAGUAUUUCAAAGGGGCCAAAGAUUAACUUUGCACUAUUCCCUUUCAGUUAAAAGCCACUGAUUUUUUUUUUCCAAGUUAGAAAGGCUUCACUUGUUUUCUUACCUGUCUACCUCCCCCACCACCAGCCUACACUCUCUCUCCCUCUCCUCCUUUCUUCUUCCUUUUUUUCACAUACAACUUUUGAAUUGUACUUGAUUUUAUAAACUGUGCAAUUCCAGCAAGGUUUGUAGUCAGACAUGGAGCAGGUAUCUAAGGCUGCAACAAAGAAAUGGUCACUUAAACUUGUAGUCAGGCUUCCUCAUUUGAGUUACCCUGUAAGUCAAUUAAUAAGUAUGUUCCCCUCUCUCCCAUAAGGUAUUUUUGUUUUUAAUAUUGUUAAGGUGGGUCCCUAACUAGAAUUUUGUAUCAUACUUAUUGGAAUAUCUUUUUUACCUACUAUUUAUCAAAGUAUGAGUAAGUUGAAUAUUUUGCUUAUACCAUUCCAGUUUUGUGCUAUAAUACAUUUUAUAAUUGAAAAUUUCUUUAUAAAUAACUUUAAUAUGAAUACUUAUCCAAGUGAAUAUGGAAAUCUUUCAAGAAUUGUAAUUAUAAGGGAGAAUGACAGUGUUUACCUUGAUCUUUAAAAAUUUGGCUCCUUGCUGGGCAUGGUGACUCCAUGCCUAUAAUCCCAAUGACUUGGGAGGCUGAGGCAGGAGGAUCACAAAUUCAAGGCCAGCCUCAGCAAUUUAGCAAGGCCCUCAGCAAUUUAGCAAGACCCU